UACUAAAAGUCUAAAAUAAUUAAUUAAUAAAUCAUCUCCUUCAACCUUUUCUGAAUCUUCUUCUCUGAUAUUACCAUCUUCUUCUUCUUCUUCAAUUACAUAACCAUGGGAUUCAACAACAAUGAAGAACCCGCAAUAUCAUCAAAAUCAAGAGAAGACACACCUCUCAUAACCACCAUCAAACCCCCACCCAACACUGAUCUCAACCCGCCGCUUUCCUCCCAACCAAAAACAUUCGCCAAUGUUUUCAUAGCCAUAGUGGGCUCCGGCGUACUGGGUCUCCCGUACGCAUUCAAACGCACCGGCUGGAUCAUGAGCCUCCUAAUGCUCUUCUCCGUCGCCGCAUUAACUCAGUACUGCAUGAUGCUGUUAGUCCACACUCGCCGCAAGCUCCACGCUUCUAAUUUUCCAAAUAUUCACUCCUUUGGCGAUCUGGGUUUCUCCGUUUGCGGCUCUGUUGGCCGGUUUGUUGUUGAUGUUAUGAUCGUUUUGUCUCAAGCUGGGUUUUGUGUUGGCUAUUUAAUCUUUAUUGCUAAUACUUUAGCUAAUUUGUAUGACCCGAAAAAUUCGAGUUCGAUUUCGGGUUUGUCUGGUAAGAGUUUUUUCUUAUGGGGGUGUUUUCCUUUUCAGUUAGGGUUGAAUUCUAUUGCUAGUUUAACUCAUUUGGCUCCUUUGAGUAUUUUUGCGGAUGUGGUUGAUUUGGGUGCUAUGGGGGUUGUUAUGAUUGAGGAUGUGCUUAUUAUGUUGAAAAAUAGGCCACAAGUGAAUGCCUUUGGUGGGUUGUCUGUGUUUUUCUAUGGUAUGGGUGUUGCUGUUUAUGCUUUUGAGGGGAUUGGUAUGGUUUUGCCUUUGGAAUCAGAGAUGAAGGAUAAGGAAAAGUUUGGUAGAACUUUGGGUUUGAGUAUGGGUUUCAUUUCGUUGCUUUACGGUUCGUUUGGUGUGUUGGGUUACUUUGCGUUUGGCGACGAAACGAAAGAUAUAAUUACGGCUAAUUUAGGUGUCGGGGUUAUUAGCAUGUUGGUUCAGUUGGGUCUUUGUGUUAAUCUGUUUUUCACGUUUCCUUUGAUGAUGAACCCGGUUUAUGAGAUUGUGGAGAGACGGUUUUGGAGUGGACGGUAUUGCUUGUGGCUUAGAUGGUUGUUGGUUUUGGUAGUUAGUUUGGUGGCUUUGUCGGUACCGAAUUUUGCUGAUUUUAUGUCUUUAGUUGGAAGUAGUGUGUGCUGCGGACUGGGAUUUGUUUUGCCGGCUUUGUUUCACUUGCUUGUGUUUAAAGAAGAGAUGCGGUGGAAAGGGUGGGUUGUAGAUGUGGCGGUUGUUGCUGUUGGUUUUGUUCUUGCUGUUUCGGGAACUUGGUAUGCUCUUAUGGAAAUUUUCUCUGUGAAGGUUAGUGAUGUGUUAUAGAUUUGACAAUGUUAUAUAUAUUACGAGUUUGUAGUAGUCAGCAUACACACACACACGCGCUUAUACUGUGGAUGAAUUGUGCUAUUUCUUAAAUGUAAUUAUUCAUUUUGAGAUCAAUAUGUUUGAUUGAAAACAAACUAUUAAGACUAGUUAUUUUUUCUACUUGCUGUAAACUGAAAUUCAAUUAAGUUAUAAAAGUUUUGUUCUGCA